CUUUUAAACUAAAACCCUAAAAUUAGAUUAUGUCCCAAUUGACAAGAAUAGAGGUGCAUUUUCCGUAGUUACUAGUGGACAUGAGGGCAUUUGCGUCUUUUCAUUGCUCGGAUUCCUGGCCGGUGAAGCAAUAAGAGGAAAGACAGCUUCUGAGGAAAUCGCAGAGGGGACAGAAAGCGAAGCCAAAGAAGAAACCUAAAAUUUCUCUCUCUAGAAUUUCACACUCUAGAUUCAACAAUAGCUCUUUUGACUCUCUUUCGUUGAAAAAUUAGGGUUAGGGGUUUUCUAAUUUUCUUCAAUUUGGGGCUUGAUUUUGACCUGUUUCUGACCAAAUUGUAUAUAUCAUAGUGGUGAUUGUUAGAGUUUUUUUUGAGGGGUUUUGGAUCUGGGUCUUGUGUGUAAUUGCUUGAAAUUCAGAAAUUGAUCUGGGUUUGUUGUGAGGAAGCCAUGGCUGUUCCGACAAUUGCGUUGUACGCGAGUCCACCGAGCAGUGUUUGCUCGGCGUCGCACCCUUGCCAGAUCAACUCACACUCCUCGCACGAUUUCGAGCUGAAUUCGAGAUCUUCGUCGUCGGCGACGGCGUCUCCAUCGCAGAGGCCGGCCAUGGGGGGUCUCUCGUGCCUGUUCUCCUCGCCGGCGGUGAAGCACGCCGGCGGCGAAGAGUUGGGGUCGAUGUGGCACGACAGGGGCGAAGAGCUGAGCAGCUCCUUCUGCUAUUUGGGAUCGUCGUUGAAACGAGAUCGGAGCGAAUCAAGCCCGGUCUCGGUGUUUCAAGGCCCGGUUUCGUGUAGCAGCAGCGUUGGUGGGUCGUCCAGAAGCCCCCCGAUGAGAAUUGCCCGCGAAAGGAGCGGCGGCGAUGGGGUUUCCAGGGUUGGAACCAGUGGGUUGUUCAGUGGAUUUGUUAGAGGGGCUCUGGGUUCCUAUAUCGAUUAUGAUUCGCCCACCUUUGAGAUUGGUGGUGGUGCCCUCAAUGCGGAUUCCUCAUCAGUUCUGGUAGAUGAAUUGACCUUCAAUAUGGAAGAUAAUUUUCCGGACAGUAACUCCGAGCCUCAUGUGAAAGAUUUGCUCUUGGGUGCUCAAUUGAGGCACAAAAUAUUCUCUGAGGAUUUCGUUGUCAAGGCUUUUUACGAGGCCGAGAGGGCGCAUAGAGGGCAGAUGCGAGCCAGUGGGGAUCCUUAUUUACAGCAUUGUGUGGAGACUGCCGUCUUGCUGGCGAAAAUUGGUGCGAAUUCAACCGUCGUUGUUUCGGGGCUUCUCCAUGAUACCCUUGACGAUUCUUUUAUGGGUUACGAUGAUAUUUUUGGGACUUUUGGAGCUGGGGUUGCUGAUUUGGUUGAAGGGGUGUCUAAGCUAAGUCAAUUGAGCAAGCUAGCACGUGAUAACAAUACAGCAAGUAAAACGGUUGAGGCAGAUCGAUUGCACACCAUGUUCCUUGCCAUGGCAGAUGCCAGGGCUGUCCUCAUAAAGUUGGCAGAUCGAUUGCAUAAUAUGAUGACACUGGAUGCAUUGCCUUUGGGCAAGCAACAGAGGUUUGCUAAGGAAACUCUGGAGAUAUUUGUGCCAUUGGCCAACCGGCUAGGAAUCUCUACUUGGAAGGAACAACUAGAAAACCUGUGUUUCAAGCAUCUCAAUCCAGAUCAGCAUAAAGAACUAUCCUCCAAGCUUGUGAAGUCCUUCGAUGAGGCUAUGAUUACUUCUGCUAAAGAGAAAUUAGAGCCAGCCCUUAAGGAUGAAGCCAUUUCUUACCAUGUUUUAUCUGGGAGACACAAAAGCUUGUAUAGCAUUUACUGCAAAAUGUUGAAGUAUGUCGUCCGUUUCUCUUCCCGUAUUUGUCAUACUAUAUGUUUUCAUAAAAUUCAGACUUGGAAAGUAAUUGCUUUUGAAUUGUGCAGAAAGAACAUGACCAUGGAUGAGAUACAUGAUAUUCAUGGAUUACGAUUGAUUGUUGAAAAUGAGGAAGACUGUUAUAAAGCACUUGGAGUUGUUCACCGAUUAUGGUCUGAAGUGCCUGGAAGGUUCAAGGACUAUAUAAAGCAUUCCAAGUUUAAUGGGUACCGAUCUCUUCAUACGGUGGUGAGGGGUGAAGGCAUGGUUCCACUUGAAGUUCAAAUCCGAACAAGGGAAAUGCAUUUACAAGCCGAGUAUGGAUUUGCAGCUCAUUGGAGAUACAAGGAAGGUGACUGUACGCACUCUUCAUUUGUGCUUCAGAUGGUUGAGUGGGCUCGAUGGGUGGUCACUUGGCACUGUGAGACGAUGAGCAAAGAUCAAUCACCUGUUGGCUAUGAUAAUUCCAUCAAGCCACCCUGCAAGUUCCCAUCUCAUUCUGAUGGUUGCCCAUUUUCUUAUAAACCGGACUGCAGCCAGGAUGGACCUGUCUUUGUCAUCAUGCUGGAGAAUGAUAAGAUGUCGGUCCAAGAAUGCCCUGCAAACUCAACCAUAAUGGAUCUGUUGGAAAGAACCGGGCGGGGAAGCUCAAGAUGGACGCCCUAUGGGUUUCCAAUCAAGGAAGAACUGAGGCCACGGCUGAACCAUGAGGCUGUGAACGACCCCACUUGCAAACUGAAGAUGGGGGAUGUGGUGGAGCUAACUCCAGCCAUACCAGACAAGUCUUUGAUAGUGUACAGGGAAGAGAUCCAGCGGAUGUAUGAGCGGGGCGUGAGCGUAUCGAGCAAAUGGUCUGCAGCUAGUAGCAUGGUUGGCUGGAGAAGUUAACCUUUGGUUUGUCUGUUGGUUUCUACCCUUAUAGAGUGCAUUACCAUUCAAUGAUAAUCAUUCUUGUAUAUACAUGAUAGAUAUUUGUACAGAAGAGCUUUAUGGUUCUGGUAUGAGUGGAAAAUUGACUAACUUAGAUUGACCAAGGACCAAAAGUUUGAUCUCCAGCUAUUGAUUCAUCGAUAUAAUAGAAUUCUACCUUGCCUCAGUCCAA